CUGGGGGGCAUUUUGAAGACGGUUUGACGACGAUCCAUCGAAUUCAUCGUCGAUGUGCUGUAACAAGGCCGCAAUCAACCUGCUUUGUUGUUGCGGAGUGGGCAUGAGUCGACAGCGACCUGUUCGUGUGUCGCCAAACUAGCGCGACGUGUAUCGCUGCCUGCCGUGUUGUCGCGUGGGUGCUGUGCUGGUGCGCGCCGUCGAUGCUGGCCGCCACGCCCGAUCCCGACCAUCGACAGCAACCGGGCAAGAACGAGCCAAGUUGCGCUCUAAUGAGGCGUGCUGGCUGCCAGUAUUCCGUCCGCUGACCACGCUGUCUCACCUUUACUCUCCUCUCUCUCCACCGGUGCAGUGAUCAGUGACGGCGGCAUCAUUCAGCACCGCCUCGUGGCAGCUCCCUACGGACCAACCAAUACCCAUGGCGCCAGCGUGGCUUUGCUACACCCUGACACCUGCUCCCCAAUCGUAAGCUCGGCCAGGGCGGGCAUUGCAAUGUGAUGGCUCGCUUUUCCUUCCGGCCUAUCUUGCGGAGGCUGUCCAGCAAGCACUCAACCACCGCCGCCUCCACCAAGAGCGAUCCCAGCGACCACAGCACCGCCGCGACCUCCGCAUCGCCCUCUCCAUCCCCAGGCCCGCCGUCCUCCUCCAAGCCGCGGCGGGCCCGGAAAUCCGCCUCACUUGCAAAGCUCAAGGAUAAAGUCCGGCAGCUGGAAGACGGCGACCAACCUGCAGCUGCUGUCGCCGCCCACCAAGAGUCGCGUUCGAGCAGCGUGGGCGUGGUCGAAGAAGAACUCAUUGCACCAGCAGCCAGCAGCAGCGAGAACGGCGGGCAGGCGCCGAUCGGAGCGAUUCACGCGGCUAGCCGACCCGACCAGCAAUCUCACGCCGAGCCUGCCACACCACCACCUCCGCCAUCCGCGCUCGCCCUGGACGGCGACACCUUGCCCGAGAACCCCCUGCUGGUCGUGGAAGAGCCCACUCCCGAGGCAUUGGGUGCGCGAAGUGCUCGUCAGCGAGAACCGCCUCACCCCGGCUCACGACCAACUUCCUCAUCAUCGGGCACGCUGCAACGAGAUCACGGCCUGAGCCUGCGACUGGCAUACCCUCGCCCAUCCACCGCAGUGCCGCAGAGCCCACGCCAUCAAGCUUCAGCUCAACCGCGCCCUCGGAGCGUUGUGGGCAGCUCCGAUGCCGACGUCGUAGACGCACUCACUGAUCCUCCGCCCCAGCACGAGCCCACCCCUGCGAGCCCUUCGGUGCGUGCUCUGUCCGCAGCACCAAAAAUGGCUGCUACAAUGCAUCGCAAGAUCUGGGUGAAGCGGCCGAACGCAUCAGCAACGCUGGUGCAGAUCCGCGAUGACGAUCUGGUCGACGACGUGCGGGACAUGAUUCUGCGCAAGUAUGCCAACUCGUUGGGCAAGACCUUCGACGCUCCAGAUCUCACGUUGACCAUCGUCACGCGCUCAGAACAUGCUGGUCCACGGAGUUCACGCAUGUUGGGACCUGAAGAGGAGAUCUGCAGAACAAUAGACUCAUACUACCCAGGCGGCCAAACUGUCGAUGAGGCACUCAUAAUAGACCUGCCACAAAAGCGGACUCCGCGUCCCUCGCCGAGAGCAAUACACCACAGUUAUCAUGCCUUGGAUGAGUUCAGGCCCCCGGAAACUGGUUCCGACUACUUUCCCCCGAUGCCUGUCACCGUCCAGCCUGCACUGCCCAAUCACAUUGCUCGUGAACAUCACGGAUCGCUGUCGAGCGAGCACCCGAGGUCAAUGGCAGUGCUGACCACAGGCCAAGUGCCUCCUCUCCCAUCGCCUGGCACUGUCGGGCGCCGGCACCGCUCAGAACGCGAACACCGACCUCGAAUAGGAAGGCAGCAUACCUCCUCGCCUACCAUCAUCACGCAUGCCUCGCACGCCGAUCAAACAAACGUUCCUGCCUCGGCGGCCGCCUCUGCUCAUCUGACCCGCUCGACUAGAUCUCGAGUCGAUUCCUCGGCAUCGGAGGCCACACACCGACCUCACGAUCCGCCGACCGCACCUCCUCUUCCCACUCCCCCAGCGCCAGAAGCUCCGCCAACAGGCAAACCCGGGUCUGGUCCCCCGACUCCAAACACGGGCGCUCUCAAUGGCAUGCGCGGCCCUCGACCCCGUAAAGCGCGCAGGUCUACACCCGAUAAAUUGUCAUCCAAAGGACGAACGGGCACUCCUCAUUUCGACACAUAUAAUAGCAUAGCAGGUCUGUCGAGCGUCCUAGAUGGGUCGGUGCCGCCAAUCAACGUGCUCAUUGUCGAGGACAACAUCAUCAAUCUCCGUAUCCUGGAGGGCCUGAUGAAGAGGUUGAAAGUUCGAUGGCAGACAGCGAUGAAUGGGCAGAUAGCGGUGGACAAGUGGAGGACAGGAGGAUAUCACUUGGUGCUAAUGGACAUUCAAAUGCCAGUCAUGAAUGGAUUGCAAGCUACGAAAGAGAUCCGGAGACUGGAAAGAGUCAACGGGAUAGGUGUUUUCAGCUCGACUCCCGGGAGUAAUACCGAGAAAGGCCCAUUGGACGCCAAUGGCAGCGGUCAGGAUCAGGAAAAGACCCAUAAUCCAGACGAUGACAAGCUCGACAUGUCGAAGGGCCUAUUUAAGUCGCCCAUCAUCAUCGUGGCGCUUACUGCAUCCUCGCUGCAGUCCGAUCGACAUGAGGCACUGGCCGCCGGAUGCAAUGACUUCUUGACCAAGCCUGUUAAUUUCGUUUGGCUUGAACGCAAAGUCAAGGAGUGGGGUUCGAUGAUGGCGAUCAUCGACUACGAUGGAUGGCGACACUGGAAAGACUUGGCUGAGCAAGAGAAUGCGGGAAAGACUGAGGAACAAAAGCAAAAGGAGCGUGAGCAGGAGGAGAAGCAAAAGAAGAAGAUGGAGAAGCUCGCUAUAUUGCAAGAAAAGCAGCGAAAGACCGCCGAGGCGCAAGCCAAGGAGAAGGAGCGAAAGAAGCGUGAGAGCAUGGGAGAGCCACUGUCUCCGCCUGUUGCUGCGGAAGAGCCUCCGGUUGCCAACGGGAUUGCUGAAUGAGCAUGCCCCACUUUGAUGCGUUUUGAUGUUUCGCGCAAGGCUGUGGAGCGUACUGCGAGGUUCUCGUGGGAGUCACCUUUUGCAUAGCGGGCAUACGAGCGAUGGCGUUGUUGGAACACGUUGGAUAUUGAGCAUUUUUGGGUCUUCCCUAGUGAGUGAGAUGAGUGUGACAGCGGAUACCCUAUUCUUGCACAUGCCGAGCUAGAUUAUUUUACAUCAAUUGUCUGACUUGAGGUCAGAUUGAGCUCGUUACCUGGACUUUUCUGUCAAUUGAGUGCUAAUGAUGUGAAAUAUGAAAGAGGGUAACCAUUUUUGCAGAAGAUCAUACCAUUUGCCGAAAACUAAACGAUCAGAC